AUGUUUAAACUACAGUUUGUACCAAUUCCCCUAAAUGCUCCCAGAGCACAUGUGGCCGUAAGAGACCGUCCGGCUGGCAUUCAACACCAACUUCCCGAACAACACAACAUAGGACCAUUGGAUGCCGUCUGCGAUCACUGUGGUGGCCGUUAUUUCCACUGUGAGAAGAUUGGAAGGUCUCAUUUUUCAACGUGUUGCAAUAAUGGUCAAAUGGCUAUAACGGGUGACCGUGUGUUGGGUCAACCUCCAGAGUUAUUAAUUCGUUUGUUAAUAGAUGAUUCACAGGUAGCCAGGCACUUUAGAAAAGAAAUCAGACAAAACAACAACACUUUGGGGUUUGCUGCGUUUUUCACUGACCUCAACCCAAGACGUUUGCCAGGUCGGGGACCAAAAGUGUUCACUGUUCAUGGGCAAGUGUAUCGCAGGAUUAGUAACGACAUUGUCAGAAAUGAAAUGUUGCGACCGAGUUACUGUGAGCUGUACUUUAUCGUAUCUUGGGAAGCCAACCGGGUUCGAAUGGCACAACAGCCACGCCAACACCCGCUAUUGGAGAACUUGAUUACAGACUUAGACAAUCUGUUACGGCAAAUCAAUCCAUUUGCAGCGGCUUUCGAGUAA